GCUGGACGGUACAUUUUUUUUUGACUUGUUUGUUUACGCACGUGUUGUACGAUUUAAUUGUUGAACUUGAACAAAUCCCGGCCAGAAAAUGGACAGCGAGGGUGACGACUACGAGCUGACCGGUUCCGAGCAGGAGUACGAUGCGGAGGAGCGCGAGAUACUGGAGGAUCUGCGCAAGCAGCGCCAAAAGCGCCAGCAGCAGGAUCCCCGCCAGGAAGUUCUGGCAUUUAGUGAUGACGACGAUGACGAUGACGAUGCAGACGAGGAUGUGGCGGAUCUGAUGCGGGAUAGCGACAUCGAGGGAGCCGAGGACGAUGACCGCGAUCUGCCCAACACAAUGGACUGGGGCAGCAAGCGGAGCACCUACUACAACACGGAUUUCGUGGACCAGGACUACAGCAGCUACAAUGCCCAGGAGGAGGAGCAGGCCCGCGCCGAGGAGGAGGAGGCCAAGAAGAUCCAGUUGCGCCUGGCCAAGCGGCUGAGCGAGCAGGACUUCCAGCUGGACGAUGUCCAGGCGGCUGCAGGAAGCAGCGAGGAGGAGGACGAGGAGCUGGGCAAGAUUAGGCGUGUAACCACCGAUCUGACGGGCCUGACGCCACGUGAACGCCUGCAGCUGCUGCAGAAGGACUCGCCGGAGCUGAUCGGCCUCACCCAGGACUUUCAGAAGCAUCUGGCGGAGGUCAGGGACCUGAUCACCCCCGUUUUGAACUAUGUCCGCAAUCACGAUGUGCCCAUGGUGCCGGCCCUCAAGUACGCUAGCCUCUACCACACCGUGCUCACCACCCACUGCUCCAAUGUGGCCUUCUAUCUGCUGCUCAAGGCGCGUCGGAGCGGCGUCAAGUUCCAUCCGGUGGUCAAGCGGCUGGUGCAGCUCAAGCUGCUGAGGGAUCAGCUAAUGCCGCGCUACGAGGAGUACAUACGGCCGCAGUUGGAGGCGCUGCUGGAGCGGAUUCAGGAUGGCGAUGCAUUCACCGUGCUGGAUGUGGCACAGCGCAAGGCCAAGCUGCAGAUUCUCAACAAGUACAGCAAUGGGCAGGAGCAGGCCGAAGUAAGCAGCAGUGAUGAUGAUGAUGAUGAUGAUGAUGAGGACGACAAGGGACAGAAGGAUCAGGCUGAAGAGGAUCCAGAAGAGGAGCAGGAAGAGGAGGAGGAUGAGGAGCUGGCCCGACGCGGCAUCACCUACCAGAUGGCCAAGAACAAGGGCCUCACCCCGCACCGCAAGAAGGAGCUGCGCAAUCCGCGUGUCAAGCACCGCGGCAAGUACCGAAAGGCUCUCAUCCGACGCAAGGGAGCCGUGCGCACGGUGCGCAAGGAGCUGUCUCGCUACGGCGGCGAGAUGUCCGGCAUUAAGGCCAGCGUCACCAAGAGCGUCAAGUUCCGCACUUAGUUCAAUUAGCAGUUAUCAAAUAAAUCAUCAACAAGACCUUCUUUGUUUUAA